GCGACUAGGAGGCAUUCAACCCUGCGAUGGACAGCCGGCGUCUGCUCUUUUGAGAAGAAAAAUCCAAGGUCUGCUCUGCUUUUGGUCAGCCACAAUGCAUCUCUGUCAGUGUUUUAUUUUGAGAGCAAAAAAGUUGUCGUACGCGAAUUAAAGGCGGAGGCAGCAAUAAGGUAGCCGCUCGAUCAGGCCCUUUAUCCCCCCUUUCAGGGAUGGCACAUUAUUAUUAGGCAGACACAAUGGUCACCGCGAAUUCAGUUACACAGCGCAUCUCUCCACGCUCGGCUCGGCUCGGCGCGCUUCACUGAAAGACACAGCCUCCUCGCCACACAGAGGUUAUCAACAUGCAUUUCCACGCUGUAGCUAUUAUACUGGCAGCUUUGUUGGCACCGGUCAUCGCAAAGCCCUUUGAACACGAUGAUGUUGAAGAGAUGACGGUUAAAAUUUAUGGAAACGACUGUGAAGUAAAUGGAAAAGUUUACCCAAAAGAGGAACAUUUCCAUCCGCAAGACAACCCUUGCAAGUACUGCAUAUGCGUGAAUGGAGCGAUCGAGUGCGACACUAUUCAAUGCGACUGGCUCUCAGAUUGCACACCAGUAUACGAGGAAAAAUCCUGCUGUCCUAAAUUCGUAAAUUGUUCAACGGCUAUUGCUGAGAGCUUUGAAGAACCUCUUCCGCAAAACGAGAGGCUCAUCGUGACCGACGAGGAAGAGGAAAUUAACCCUCCAGUGGUCCAGGUGGAGCAUUUGGACCUUAUUUCGACGCUUUCAGUUAAUCCGGGCGCAGGCACGACUGUCGUCGAAGAAUUCACGAAGGACAGCGCCGUGGUGACCGAAUCUUCGGUGGAGGCACCGAUAGAAGCGACCCCGGAGGAGCUGGAGUUGAGCAUGGACGAACCCGAGGCGAUGGAAAGCAGAACCGACGAGGUGCUGACCGCCACUGACCGGGUUCCGAUUAAACUCAGGGAGGGGGACUUUGAGAAUUUCGCGACCACCAUCAGUCCCAGCGACUUUUUCGAGUCAAGAGAGGCCGGCGAUGAAAUACUGCAGGAGGUUAAGCAGGACGACAGUGACGAGAGAUUCGAAAUCAGCACCGUCGGGCCUGAUUUUGAGGCCGAAGGGCGAGAUGAAAGCCCCAACGAAAGGUUGCAGGACGCGACUGUGCCCCCUUCUGAUCGGGAACUUGACGAGAUCAACGCGACUGAAGACGUAGCUACAGACGCGCCUUCCAUGGAAAUGAGGGAGGCUGCUGAGGACGCAAGCUGGUCCGUAACUGAAUUCGCCGACUACACAAAAGCGCCGUUCGCUGAAAAUGAAAUUCAGGCCGAGCUGAGAAACACCGAUGACAUCGAGCUGGUUACGAGUUUCACAUCCACUACAACGGAAAACGCUUUUACGACCACGACCGGAAAUUUUGAGAGCAUUGUUUCAACUACAACAGCAGCCCAUGAUGACAGUUUGGACGUCACGACAAAAUUCACACCUGUGCCUGACGUGAUCGUGGGCAAAAUCGUGGAUGACACAGAGGCGAAGGUGACCGAGCUGAACGCAGAGGUGCUGGUCGAGGAGACUCCGUCGGCACAGAAAACCUCAGAAGCGGUGGUCGUUACCACCACCUCGGAUCCGGAUUUGGUCGAGACGGUCUCCCUCGCACACUCCGAAAGCUCAGGAGCGGCCAGCGCCGAGAUCCAGAUCGAGGAGAAAAAGAAAAACUCGAGCGCAGAGCUGAAGAUCUUCCAGGUGUUGUACUCGACGGACGAGGACAAACAGCUCGAGACGAGCAGGAGCGCCGACGCGGCCAUGUUCUUCCUGCCGCAGCUGCCGCGGCCGCUGGCCUCCCCACCGGCCUCAGCCCUCAGUCCCAGCGACUGGAAAGCGAACGCCUUUGAGGAAACCAAGGAGGAAAUCAUGGCUGGACUGUGGCACGAGGCCCUCGACAUCCUCACUGGAGGCCGUUCGGCGGCGAGGUCGCAGGCUCGCAAGGCACACAAUUCAAAGUUUCACAGAAAUUGAAAUUCGGUCCAACUUUUCUCAUUCCUAUUAAAAUGUGCUCAGAGAAUUUCUAAUUGGUAAAGACCGGGUUUGCGAUGAUUUAUACUGUUUUUAAAUGAAAAAUAUGUACUUUGUAGUUUUCUCCAUUCUGUGAUCCUUUUUAUUGUUACUUAAAUAGUCUUUUUAAAGCAUUUUAGCCAAUCAAUGCUCGCACUGUUAACUUAAUGAUCCAGUGUUUCACAUAAUUGCAUCAAAACAAACAGGCUUUCGCUUUUAUUUAUCAACGCAGAUGCUUUAUGUUUGCAAAUUUUACUGCUGCUUUACUGCUGGUUAAAUAAUUGCUCUCAAAUAAAUGCGAAAACAGCUGCACAGCGAA